ACGCUCCGCCCUCAGCCCGGCGCCGGGCGGGCCCGGGGAACCGGAGCGGCCCGCGCGCCGCCCCUAGCAGCUGCUGCCGCGCGGACCCUGCCGCGCUGGGCCGCAGGCUUGGCAUCUUGGAGGAAGAAUCAGUUCUGAAGAAGAAAACAUUUACUGAAUGGACAGAAAUUUAAUGCUUAUCUAAAAGGAAAAGAAAAAGACAAUUUUCUGGAUUGGGUCUGGUUGCUUCAUAUGCAGAGCUUGCUUUAAAUAUACAGAGAAUUGAUAAAAUCUUGUAAAAUCUCAUUGAAUUUUAUUCUGAAGGCCAUUCUGCUUUUUUCCCAGAUAAGGAUACAAAUCACUUUGAAGCCAUAUGGCAGCUUGAAUAACUGGCUUAAAAGUCUUGGGAAAGAAGAGCUGAACACCUACAUGCUGAGUUUUGGUCCUUUGCUUAUGGAGCUGGCCAGUCAUUCCUGUCACUGGCUAGCAGUCUCUAGCUCAGUCCCUUUAGUUUUUUAUGUUUGUGGCACCAGUUUCUGAUGCUGCUGUUGCUUUCAAAUGUUUGACAGAUUUAUUGAUUUUGAUACUGUUCUUCACACUGCAGCACAGAAUGGGAGUUCUGCAGUUUCAGAACCUUAAGUACUUAGGCUGGACCUUGCUGUCUUGAGGACUUUCUGCUCUGAUUUUCCUUUGUACUGGUUUACAGUGAGGGUAAUUAUUGUGCAGUGAACUGCUGACUCCUUCCCUUCUGCAUAGUUACUUUUCCAAGUUGAUUGCUCUUGGUUGCCAGAGCACAUGCCCAUAUUUCAAACAAAAUAAAUUAACUUUAAAAGUUGGGUUCUGAGAAGAGCAGCCUUUGUGUUACUUUCAGAUUUUAAACACCAAAAGUGCAUGAAGAUAAUCUUCCUCCUUCCUCUUCUGUAGGGCACAUACUGCUGUGACAAGUGAUUUGUUUUUUCUGGGCAUGUUUGUUUAUUUUUUUGUUUUGUUGGUUUUGCUGUUUAUAUGUGACUAGGUAAUAUGAUUCAUUUUCAGCCUUGCAGUAUGUCCAUUUUAUUUAUACAUUUUCUAGCAUCAUUUCAGUUUCUUUUAACAGAACAAAUUGAGUCUUUCUGAAAGGUUCCAGGAGAGAUUUCCAAACUGCAGGGUAAAACUUGGGAAUUAAGAGCAAGAACAGAUACUUGGGUUUCUUGCCUAAAAUCACAGGAUAGCUGAAAACUGUAAUGCAGAAUUUCUAUGUGCUGUGCCUCCAGUAAUUGUGGUUCCUGGUAGUACAUAAUUUCAACUUCAGAAAUUGUCAUUAAUAUCUUUGUCUCAGCAGCUGAAGCCUCAUCAAAUUUACUGUUUCACUGCUGGAUAUGGUGUUAAAGUAGGAAACAACUGCUUCUCCUAUUCUAAAACUGAAUUGUUAGGGGUGGAAGGGAUUUCUGGAGACCAUUUAGUCCAAUCCCAGACCAUCUAGUCCAACCCCAGAAUGCUUAACAGCUCAUUGGAUGAAGUAUAUCUGCAAAAGUUAUGGAGCAAAGCUUUGUGUUUAAAAUGGAAGUUGAUGUGACUGGAGAGUCCAGAACUGCCCUCUCCACCCUCUCUGUGCCUCUUGCAGAGUUGAGUUCUGCAGCCAGGAUGGAAGCAGAAAAGCCACGCUGUUCCAGCACCCCCUGCUCACCAUUGAGGCGGACAGUUGCAGGAUAUCAGAUCCUUCACAUGGAUUCUAACUACCUGGUUGGCUUCACAACUGGAAAGGAACUGCUAAAAUUAGCCCAUAAGUAUAUUGGAAGUGAAGAGAAUAAAGGAGAAUCUGGUCGUAACUUGGGCUCCAAACAUCUUGAUUCGGGACUUUCACGUUCCUCACGUUUGUACAAAACUAGAAGUAAGUACUACCAGCCCUAUGAGAUCCCAUCAGUAAAUGGAAGGAGGAGGAGACGGAUGCCCAGCUCCGGGGAUAAAUACAAUAAAGCUUUACCAUAUGAACCUUACAAAGCACUUCAUGGUCCCCUGCCUCUCUGCCUUUUGAAAGGUAAAAGGGCUCAUUCAAAAUCCCUAGACUACCUCAAUUUAGACAAAAUGAGCAUUAAGGAACCUGCUGACACAGAAGUGCUACAAUACCAGCUCCAACACCUUACUCUUAGAGGGGAUCGUAUGUUUGCAAGGAAUAGCACAUGAGCUAUCAUCUCAAAUUUAGAAAUGGUUUCUGAUCUUAUGUCUCUUGCCGCAGAAAUCCACUGUUGAAGUGUGUACAUGACUGUCCACAUUGUAGGUGGUUUUAUCAGCUCAGUGUUACCAGGAAGUAAUUUAUUUGAAUACAGUCUUGGCAAUGAAGUGUUCUGCAAAUACUUGGAGAGUGAAAUCUUUCCUGAUUCAGCAGCUUCUGAUGCAGAUUUGACUGCAACUAGUGGAUAUUUCUUUGGACACAUUUUAACAAAAAAAAAAGCUUUUGAUUUUUGGAAUUUUUUUUCUGUACUGCUACAUCUAGUGUUUACAGUAAUUCAACACUCACUUUUUCAAUAUGAAAAAUAUGUGGUGUCUGCUUGGUUGUUGCUAAUUUUGGCAUGAUAUUAGAAACUGCUCGUGGAUUAGUACCCAAGGAGGUUUUUUUGGUUUACUUUUUGUUUCUGGAGUAAAAUGUUUG